GCAAGAUGGCAAGUUGGCGGCAGUGGUUUUCGUCGUCGGCCCGGCGGCCCUCGUUUCUAUCGUUUUCGUCGCGUCGUCUUCGUUGUCGUUCCCGUUGUCAUCCUCAUCUUUGUCGCGAUCGGUUUUUCCUUUAAUCAUUUUUAAAGAGACUCGGUUUAUUUUGUUCGGUUUAGACGGUCGCUGCGCUACGUCGAGUACGAGUCAUAGAGAUAUCUGGCAAGGGGCGAGGUAGGAGAUCCGUAUGCGAGCACGCAGAAGAGUGACAGGUUACGAAGAGUCGGUCAAGAGUCGUAGAGAAAGACAGAAGGAAGAAAAAAGAAAGGGCGGAAAGAAAGAAAGGGGAAAAGGGGGGGAAGAAGACUGGUAAAAUGAAGCAUCGUGGACGAGGGUAGGGCAACGGUGACCAACAGCGAGGUGGAUAGGUGGCAGGUAGCGUAAACGGAAAACGGCCGGCAGUUAGAGUGUACAAAAAGAAACGAGGUACCGUCAGUCAAGUGCGACCGCGUGCACAGGAAACUCUUGUCCAGAUAUAAUUUUGUUAUCCCUCCUCUUUUUCCCUCGCUCUUUAUUUCUUUAUCUUCCUCCUUCUGCUUCCAUUUCUCUCUCUCUCUCUCACUCUUUGUCUGUCUGUCUGUCUGUCUGUCUGUCUGUCUGUCUCUCCCUCUCUCUCUCUCUCUCUCUCUCUCUCUCUCUCUCUCUCUCUGUUCUUCUCUUCCUCUUCACCUUUUUCCUUCCGUGAUACGCGCUCGCGACGGAGAGGAGGAUAAAAAUCACGUCGAUGAAGGAAUCUGAUGACGAGCAGUCAUCAUCUUUAUUCGUGUUUGCUUGCUUCUAACAGCGAGAAGCGAGUCGAGCUUGCAUUCCAUUUUGCAAUACGAUUCACGAAACUGAUAUAAAGACGGAAGGAGUACCACCAAUCAACCUACACAUUCCACGAGGAUAUAAGGACGAGUUCCGCAUUUUUCUCUGCGACUACAAACCACCAACGUGCUUAUUUUAUGUACCAUCGGCUAGGUGACAAGAAGAAAAACGGAUAGUGUAAGAACUUGGAGAAACAGCAAAGCCGGUAAUCACGGUACUACGAGACGUUAGUAACAAGGAGAGAAAGAUAACCGAAGGAGGAACAGACGGAAAGCAACGACAAAAAACAGACUUGAGCCAAGAUGACAGCUAUAGUGACGGAUCUGGUGCACGGGUACAGGGAUCUAAUGGAUAACAAGUCCGAUCCCCGGGUGAACAAUUGGGUGAUGAUGAGCAGCCCUUUUCCAACGAUGGCGAUAUGCCUGUCUUACGCUUAUUUCAGCAAGGUUUUGGGACCGAGGAUAAUGGAAAAUAAAAAACCUUUCAAACUUCGAGGAAUCCUGAUAGCGUACAACUUGGUUCAAACACUAUUCUCCACAUGGAUCUUCUACGAGUACUUGAUGAGUGGUUGGGCGAAAGGAUACAGUUUCCGAUGCCAACCGGUCGACUACUCCAACAGCCCCUUGGCUCUCCGAAUGGCGAAUACAUGUUGGUGGUAUUACAUUAGCAAAUUCACCGAGUUCUUCGAUACCCUCUUUUUCAUUCUAAGGAAGAAGAACCAACACGUGUCAACGCUUCAUGUAAUCCAUCAUGGAAUAAUGCCAUUCUCUGUUUGGAUGGGUUUAAAGUUCGCACCAGGUGGCCAUAGCACUUUCUUCGCUCUCUUGAACACUUUUGUUCACAUUGUAAUGUACUUCUAUUAUAUGGUGGCUGCAAUGGGGCCUGAAUAUCAAAAGUACAUUUGGUGGAAAAAGUACCUGACUACCUUCCAAAUGGUGCAGUUCGUGUUGAUCAUGAGUCACCAGUUCCAGCUUCUAUUCACAGAGUGUGAUUAUCCUCGCGGCUUCAUGAUUUGGAUCGGUUUACAUGGCGUGCUUUUCUUAGGUCUUUUUUCGGACUUUUACAAAGCGAAGUAUGUGGGCAAAACGAAGAAACCAACAGACAAGAGUUUACAGAAUGGUUCGACCGGUCUUUGUAUGCCUAUAUUGGAGGAUUCGGUGCCACGACAAAACGGUGUCUCGUCGUACGCGACUAUCUACAACAAGGAAUACAACAGUUGUUACAGCAACGGUACCAACAACGGUUACGUUGCCAACAAUAAUACAGAGAAAAAGCUCGCUUAGAACAUUCUGAUUUUGGUAAAAGCUCGUAAAGAACCAUCGAGAUACCAAAUCACACGAUGCAGUUAAUCACGCGUUGAAUCUCGCCGGCACUUUUGAGGAUUGUGCUGUGACUUCGUACACAACGUCUUGUUGAUCGAUCUAAUUCGAGUAGUGACUGCACGCGGUUCUACAGGAAGAUAAACUAUGCUAGUUGUAAUUCGCCGCGAAGUCUGUGUUCAUGUUCACACGUAGAGUCGUCGACGAGAGACCAGUCGCGCAUACGUUCGAUUUUCUGCUAACGCUUUAAAUUAUUUCAUAUUAAACUGUAUUAAUGGGCUGGCGAUUGCGUUUAUCGGGAUAGUCUAACAAGGUUAUAUAAGGGGAGUAUAUAAGAAUUAUUACUGAUAAUAUAUAUUAUUAAUAAGGAAAGGGCUCUUCUGCACUGUAUUAUUGUGUAUCAUAUGUAUGUAUAAUGGCAUCCGCAACCGGAUUGUGGGUGGUUCUGAAAAUCGUUGCCUCGUCGAUGGCUUUACGGAUAAAAGCAUAAAGGAACGUGAAGAAUGACCGAGGAAUGCGAAGAGACCAGAGUAAAUAAACGGACAAAAUUAAAACGCGCACACGAUGAGUAAAUCAAUAAUCGAUCCUCAUCGGAACAUUAUGUUUUCCGCACGCGAUUGGCGACAGCGUUUUAUUGCGUGCGUUAUGUAUGCGUGAACAAGUGUGAUCGUUUGUUAGUUAUACGUGAUUACGAGGCAUUUCUUAUUGGGACGCAUCGAAACGAUCCCCUUUACCAUAUUUCCUUAUUGUCCGACUCUGUCUCUCUAUUGCCCCGAUUGUGUUCAAAGCUUUGGUGUUCGUCGUAUAAGUAAGCGUCUGUCGAUUCGCAUUUGAAAGGAGAAAUCGUACCACUCCUUCCUCUCGAAGCUUGAUUCUCCUCCUUUUUUAUUGAGAGAUCGUCGAUUAGAUCAACUCAGCAAAAGACAGUAGUUCUCUUGAAUAUGCAACGCUCGAAUAGCUUUUUUAUUGCUUAAGAUCAAGCAACGCAAUACUUAUUUUCAAUAGAAUAUUCGAUGAAAUCUACGAAUAUUUCAGUUGUUAUUGCAGAAUCAAGCUUCCGAAGAGUUCUAGAAAUUCUCGACGAAAUUUAUCUCUUGUUCACCGUUCGAACUGGUCAAAUUGGGAAAAAAGAAGGUUGAACGCCAAUCGUUCGAAUAUAUGUACAUGUUAUAAACGCAUGGGGGGGAAAGAGAAAACGUUUAUCUAGGAAUCAUACAAAUCUCUUAUUAAGGAUACAAACUUUUGUACUCGUCCUAUUACGGAAAGAUGAAGGUUUUUAUUUAUGAUCGCACAGAAAUAAAAAAAUCUGACGGAAAAAAAACAAUUCGAUCCUAUAAAUUUAAUGUUGUAUAUUUUUACAAAGAAAUAGAUCAAUUGCAUAAUAAAAGAGACGUUAAUGGUGUCAAAGAUGUGCUUUCUUGUGAAAGUAUUCAUAUAUGAAAAUUUAUUAUUGCCAAGUUUCAAUAACGUAUUAGAAGAAUAUUUGAAGAAUGGUUUAUAAUAAAAAAAGUAAAAAAGAAAAAAAAGAGAAACUAACGUCGACAAGACUGUUAAUGUAGUCGUAAAACGUACAUGUAAAUAUUAUUUCCGGAUUUUGAAAAAGAUACUUUCUUUCUUUGGUGAAAUUAGCUUUCGACGAUAUACGAAUGCAUUUCUUCAGUUGACAGAUCAACAAAGGUCUGUUCCAAUCUUUAUCAUUCGUUCCAAUGUGUACAGGAAUUGAUCUUCGAGUUACGAUUUAGCGAAUAAUUUUAUAUCUUCAA